UCAGCAGAAGCGGACGCCUUCAAAGCCACUCCAGGAUGUCUAGCGCAGAAGUGAGGGAGAGGAGCAGGAAGAACGAUGGAGAGAAGGGGGAGAACACCACUCCGCCCAUCAACAAAGAAGUCGUGUCAUCAGACACAAGAACCCCCGAUGAAACCAUGGACCGGUCAAGCUCCGAUACUGCCGCACUGUCGAUAUCAUCAUCAUCAUUGUUAAGCCUGUCAGAGAUCUCUGAUCUCCCGGUUGAUCAGGACAGGUCAGAAUCAGAGGACAGCAUUAGCUCCCACCUAUCUGCGUUAACAGCAAUAACGGACGAAACAGUGUCCCACUACAAAGAGGAGUGUGCUCGACUGAAACAUCAAAAUAAGAAGCUGAAGAAGAAGAUCGCAGCACAGAAAGAUGACAAAAACCUGCCAAAAGACUCAGAAGAGCAACCUGACAUAUUUGAUACUAUCAUUGAAUUGGAGGCCAAGCUGACUGCUGAGAGACUCCUGACUGAAAAUCUAAAGGAGGAGAUAAAGGGAUACAAGAAGGAGAAGGCAUCCACACAGGCUAGCCUAGCUCAGCUAUGUGUGGAACUAGAUAGCACAAGACUUGAACUCCACUCAGAGCAGACGUGCAGACAGGAGAUGGAAGAAAAGUUAAAAGCAGCAGGAGUUGGCGAGUUCUUCCCCAGUCAUCACGAAGACAAGGUCGCCCUUCUUGAGGAGGAACUGGAACUUGUACAGUUCAUGAAGGAUGAAGUGGACGCUAAUCUCAUGGAGCAAAAGAAACUCAACAAGGAGCUGCAGAGCACAAUCGAAAGCCUACGUGCUGAUCUGAAGACCCGAACAAAGUCAGGAAGCAAGCUUGCUGCAACCAAACCCCACAUAGUGUGUUUCAUGCCUGACCAAGCUUCCACAAGGUCCAACCUGGCCAUCACCGAACCCAACCUUGUGUGGUUGGAACCAGACAAUGUUGAACAAGUCACAAGGUAG